GAAAUAUCGAGACGGAUCAAUGUGUAAAAGUUUACAUUUCUACUUGUAGGGGAAUUACCAACUGUCCAGCAUGCGAAAGAGACAAAUACAACGUUGUUGAUAGGAGAGGGUUUUGAUCCAUAGUCAUGGAUCUACCCUGGUCAGAUGGGGUGUAUACCAGCGAUGUCCCGCGAGAUUUUGAAGAGAUGCGGAUGAGGGAGGAGAGGAAAGAGCGAAUAGGACAAUACUGGAACUUGCUAGUUGCUGACCAGGAGCCAAAAGUUAGCAAGCAAACCCUGUUGAUGUUAAUGCAGGAUUUGAAAGAUGAGGGAAACACCGUAUUUAAAGAAAGUCACUAUGAUGUGGCCUGGAUGCAUUAUCGUAAUGCCUUGUUCAUUGGAAGGAUACUAGAAACACGGUUUUAUCAUGAUGUGGACAAGGAAUUUGUGUCUACUCUUUUCUCUAAUCGAGCAUUCUGCUGUCUUAAAAAGGAAAUGUACAACGAAGCUAUCCAUGAUUGUGAGAAAGCAAUUGACAUAUUUAGCUCGAACAUCAAAGCCUACUAUAGACAAGUGCAAGCUCUAAAAGCACAGAACAGGACUGCAGAAGCCCUCAAGAUUGCACAACAGGGGCACCUGAAACAACCUAAUAUAUUUAGAGAGUUAAUUGAAGAGCUUUCUGAUGCAUUGGUAAUUGAAACCACCUCUAAACAGAAGACUUCUACUGCUAAUGUGUCCAUUCGACAUGCUCAAGCAGAGGCUGCAAACCAACCUGAUGUUGAUUGGUUAAGUGGAACAAAUAUCCAUGUUAAUGAGAAUUCAACAAAAACAAAAGUCAUGAAGAAAAGUUCUGGAAAACCAAAGCAGCAGAAAAAGAGUAAACAAGUGAUGAACUUGCCAAGGAAUGGACACACCUUUUCUGAUUCCGAGAGUGAGGAGGGGAGCAGUAGUGAUGGCAGUAGUCUUAAUGAAGAUGUAAAGUUUGCAAGUAACUUUCUCAACGUACGUAAAACCAAUCUGAGUGCUCCAGGCCCCAACAUUAUUAAACUUCCUACACCAGCUGGCACUUCCACCAAACAGGAAUCUUCUCCAAGAGGAAAACUGAGUGAUGGUAUGGGGCUUGAUACUUUUUCUUCUGUAAAAGCCAGGCCAGAAAAGACAUCAUCGACAUACAGUAGUUCAUCUUCUGCUAGUCCUGUCCACAAACAGCCAAAGAAAACAGUCCCUACACUGAGUGAUGAGGACUUAAAUGCUUUAUAUUUCCCUCUGGAAAACUAUGAUUUCAAAUUGGCAUGUUCUCAAUGCUUCGUGAAAACUGGUGAAGGUGUGCAAGGCUAUGCUUUCUAUGAAUUUAAGCACAUAUGUGAUAAAGACUAUCUGGUACUGAAAUUGAAGGCAACCAUGACAGCCAAAAAUAUCACAUGGAUUCGAAUACGGCCUCGACCAGAGCACAAAACUCCAAAGAUGAUUUACCACUACAAGAAGUGUAUGCAGUUUGCACAGAACCAGCCAUGUAGGGUAGGGGAUGAUCGCUGUACAUUUCCACACACCAAAGCUGAGAUGGACCUCUGGGAGAUGGAUAAGGAUGAUCAGUUCAGCAUUACUGGUUUCAUUGAGAAACUGCAUGAGCUGAAAAUCGAGUCCAGCUGGGAUUUAGAGACAUUUAUACAAAACAAUAUUGUUCAGAAUGAACCACCACCAGCACAGUCACCUGGCAUUCCUGGACUCAAUUUUAAGUCGAAGAAAUCCAAAUCUGCAACCCAAACUGUUAAACAGCAGGAGUCACUCUUAAAGCAGCCAGCUAUGAAACAGGAACCACUUCUUGAAAAUCGCCAGUUGGUAUCUUCGCCUGUGAGACCAAACCUGAGUCGACCACCACCUCCUUUCGCAGGAAACACAGGAAAUUUUGCACCAACAAUGAAUGUCAACACUAGAUUUCCCCCUCCCAGAAUGCCAGGUCCACAUCAAGCUACCAAUAAACACCAUCAAUUCCAGUAUCAAAGAGUGCCGCCAUCUCAAGCAGGAGGCUUUUUCGGACAAGAAAGGCCACACUAUCAUUCAGGUCCUACCACCAACCAAGGACAGAUGAGACCUAAUCUUAUGCAGGCACCUACUCCGAAACCAGCAUCAGAAAUGCCUUCACAGGUAACAGAAACCAACCAACCUGUCACAAUUCUCAAAUUUCCAUUGAGAGACACUCAUGACUUCAAACUAGUGUGUAAAGUGUGCUUUGUGUACGGUAACCAGCCAGGAUAUUACAUGCCUCAACAAAAAACUCACAAAUGUGAGGAAAAUGUGCUAGCAGUGAAACUUAAGGGACAGUCAGUGGCCUGGCAAUGUAUCCGUGAACGCAAAAAUCAUCGACAGUUUCCUGGCAAGUAUAUUCUGUGCAAUAGUGUCUACUACGGAAAUCCUGGCCUGUGUAGGUAUGGAGAAGAAUCCUGUUCUUUUGCCCACAAUGUGGAAGAGCAGAAUUUAUGGACACUAGAAAAGGAUGAAAAAUUUAACAUCACAGAAUUCAUCAUGCAGAAUCGAUCAGUUAGUGUAGCUAAGGGUUUCACAUUGGAAGAUGUUCUGAAAAAACAUGGGGGAUCUUUUGAUUUCAUUUGCAAAUUCUGCUAUAGUAAUACACCUAGAAUCAUUUCAAACAAAGGAUCUGGUGAUUUCUGCAAGAGUCCAAAAAGGCAUCAGUGGUCAGAGUACAAGAUCAUGGCCCACUUCGCAAAUGAUGGAUCAAUCAAGCUCAUCAAUCAAAGAGGAUUUCUACAUAAAACUGCUUUCUUCAAAAUUUGCAAGUGGCUGCAAUAUUGUAGAAAUCAAAUCAAUGCAGAGUGUCGAUUUGCACACAGCUUGGUGGAGAGAGAUAUAUGGAUGCUGGAGAGAGAUUCUGGGAUGUCCAAGGAGGAAAUUGUGAUGGAGAUCAAUAAAGCCAUUGCUCCACUUUUGAGUCAGCAACAUGAAGCUUCACCUCCUGUAGAUCAGACAGUUAUUGUACGUUCUGCAUACGCAGGAACCACACCCUCGUCAGUUGCAGCACAGAAAGCACCUACAAACAUUGCUACAAAUGUGAAACAAAAUCUAGAUCUGGAGGAUAAUGAGUGUCCGUAUGUAAUUACUGCUAUAUGUCAAACCUGCUGGAAGAAUGGAAAAAAGAGUGUUCAGGAUGGUGACAAGGAUCGCUGUGUGAAAUCCCACUCCAACUGGAAAACAAACAGGAUCUUUUUGCUUGCUACUGCUAACAGGGAAAUUAGACCAUUACCAAGAAAGAUCCCUGGAGGUUUUGCCUUUAUCAUUUGCAAAUUUAUCAGGAAUAAGACAAAAUGUGGCUAUACGGGAGGAGGGUACUGCCAGUUUGCCCACAGCCAGGAGGAGUUGGAGGUCUGGCAGUGGAUGUGCACGCACAGCUUAGCUACCCUAGAUCAGCUGCAUGAAACCAGUAAAGAAAGCCAGAAAAAACGCCAGUCCUUGGUGAAGUCCAAAAUAACGAGUGGGGAAUCUGUAGUUGCUGUUAAAAAUGUGAUAACCCUACCUAUCCAGUCCAACUUCAAUCCCCUGUACUGUGCCUAUUGUGGCAAGCAGUGCAACAGUCAAAAACAGUGGGAUGAGCAUUGUGCUUCUGAGCGACAUAACUUCAAUGUGAGCUCUGACAAAGAACACCAGUGGAAUUACAGACAACCACCCUGGGGUGUGCCUGGCAGUAGCUAUGAACUCUGUCCCAAAAAUGAAAAUGGAGGAAAAUGCACCUACUCCAAUGUGCCAGACAUGUAUAACAUGUGUACUCAUGCUCACUCGAUUGAGGAGCUGGAGGAAUGGAAGGAGAGACAUGAAUGGAGACUGAUGAAGCGAGACAUGGCCCGCCAGGAAAUGGUCUUCUCCUACAUGGACCAGCUCCUGGAGAAAUAUGAACAGUCAGAAUCGGCUAUAGGAGUUAUAUCAGAAGACCUAGAGGGAGUAUCUGUCACCUGUGACCAGGACCUAGUCAGAUACGAGGAAAACAAAAAUGUUACCUUUUUGUGGACUUUCCUUAUCAAAUCUCAGGUUCCUCUUCAAAAGUUGGCCUUGCUGUAUAACAAGGACCGUCUGCACUUUUCUUUGUUGGGUAAAGGACUAGCUGGACACUGCCAGAUAGCCCAGGGCAGUAGCUGUGAGGAGAUCGACCAGGGAAGUCCAUGCUACAAGGUCCAGGUCAAGUUUACAGCUGCCAUGUUUGGGUCCUUCAGCCAGUGGGUCAUCUUUGACUUUGGAAUGGAGCCGGUUCUUGUCAGAAAAAUCUCUGUAGAAGUGGGAACGAUGCACAUGCAUGAAAAGAUCAGGAGCUUGAGACAGCAGCUGAAAUUUGACCGCUGGACAAGCGAGAACAGAGUUAUCGUCAAGAAUGAAUCGGAAUGGGUAGAUGACCUUGAGAAGAUGCUGACAAACAAGUACAAAGCUCCAUCCGAGGCUGACAGUGUAGUCACCCAGAACAGUCUAGUUACAGAACUCAACCGAAACAACUAUAUACAUAAAAUGAAGAAACUCUUGGAGCUAGAAGAAAUUACCAGACAUCAAAUCAUAGCUGAGUACAAUCUAGAGGUGACAAUCGACUGUGUAGGAGGUAUUGAGGAGGACACUUACCUGUAUGCUCACACUGGAGAGCUGUUUGCUAAGGUACCACUUAAUGACUAUCUGACAGAAGACACUGAUGCAGGCAAACUCAUCUUGAGCAGUGUUCGUAAGGUUUUGAUUGCACCCACAAACGAUAGCAGCAAAAAGGUGUUUGAGGCAGCCAUUGUAAGGAAAGACAAUUUUGAUUAUGAUGGGAGAGGGAAAGAGUACAUUUACCUGUGUUUGUCCAAGGCAUGUGUAAGUCAGCUGAACCUUAGGAGGAACAUGAGCAUAGAAGUGGAGAUUCAGUUCCAGAUGGACCGCAUGCACUUUUGUAUGAUGCAGUUUGCCAUUGACAAGAUGAACACCACUGACGUAGUCUUCCCAGAUAUCUCCAAAUACAGACCGUUGUGGAGUGAAAGACAUGACCUCAAAGUCAGCUCGGACAUCUUGAAUGUUGAACAGAUCCAGGCUGUGAAACACAUUGUUGCCCAGAGGUCUGGGUACACCCCUCCAUUUGUCAUGUAUGGUCCUUUUGGUACAGGGAAGACCGAGACCAUUGCACAGGCAGCAAUGGUACUGCUGAAGGAAAAGCCAACAGCAAGGAUUCUCAUUUGUGCUCAAUCAAACAGUGCUGCAGAUUUGUACAUCCUGAAACACCUGGGACCUUUCCUGAAGAAACACCCUAAUAUAAAACUGAGGAGAAUAUACUUCAAAGAAAGGCGUAUCAACACAGUUAACAGAGACGUGAAACCCUUCUGUCUGCUCACACCAGACUGUAGUGCCUUUGGAAUGCCAACACGCGAGGACAUUGAACUUCAUCAGAUAGUUAUUGUAACUCUGUCCACAUCACUGGUGCUUACCAACCUUGGUCUUCAUGGUCACUUCACUCAUGUCUUCAUUGACGAAGCAGCGCAGGCAUUAGAGGUAGAAACCAUCAUGCCAUUAUCUCUUUGCAAUGAAAAAACAUGUGUAGUGUUAGCUGGUGACCACAAACAAAUCAGUCCGAAAGUGUACAGCAAGGAAGCUCGUAACCAAAACUUUCACAUUUCUCUGUUGGAGAGGCUCUACCAGUAUUAUGACUCUCAUUCCAGCAAGAUUGACCAGGCCAGCCCUGUCAAUAUACUCCUAAACAUAAACUACCGCUCCAAACACGAGAUUCUCCGAUUCAUCUCUGCCAUAUUCUAUGGAGGUCCUGACAAGCUUGAGUCACAGGCUAAACUGCCAUCAGUGUUGACAAUCACACCAUUGACAUUCUACGCUGUUCAGGGACGGGAGAUGCAGGAUAGAGAUGGCACAUCAUUCUACAAUCUCUCCGAAAUCCAGGAGAUUGUUGAACGAGUAGAAGAACUCUUCCACAGCUGGCCCCAGGAAUGGGGACCUCGCCAAGCAAAGGAUAUUGGAGUUGUCACACCAUAUUUUGAUCAGGUCCAGUUGAUCCGUAAAUCCCUCAGAAAACGACACCCAGAGCUAGGGUCUGUCACCGUAGAACGGGUCAACAACGUGCAAGGAAAAGAAUUCCGAGCCCUUUUUCUCUCUACUGUGAGGACAUGCAGCAUUUUAGAGUCCCCGACAACAGCUAGCGCAAAUACAAUCGAAGAAAGUGACUUUGGAUUUCUGUCGGAUUCCAAACUACUCAAUACUGCACUGACCCGUGCCCAGUCCUUUGUCGCUGUUAUAGGAGAUCCAGUAGCCCUCUGUGCUGUGGGAGAGUGUGUAAAUGUGUGGAGGCUGUUCCUUAAGCACUGUGAUAAUAUGAAGAGCAUCCAUCCUUCAACAGUUACGCUUAAUACUGUCAAGCAACAAGUAUCCAACUUGCUCAACUCAUCAGCUAAAGACCGCAUGAUGGAGAUUGUGAGCCAGCGACGACAAAAUGCAAAUCCAGAUAUUGACAUGAGGCAGUCUGUGCCUGCAAGUUCAGAUGGCCAGUGGGAGGUCCCAGCUGGCAAUGUAGCCCAGAUACUCAGCGGCCACACGAAUGGAUUCGACACUGUCAUACAGAGGCAGACUAGUUUUGAGGACUACCUAAAUAACCUUGAUGUUAAUGACUUAGCAGAUGCAGAAGAUGUUAUUAAGCAACUGGCCAAAGAAUCAGCAGGAUCAGUCAAUUACAAUGAUUACAAGAUUCGAGAGGAAGAUGAGCAUGCUGUAUUGCAUGUUGGUAAAACUGCGGAUGAGGAACCAGAGGAUGAAAUUUAUCCCUCUGUUUUCAAUGAAAAGAACCUGCUAAAUUUGCUGAAAGUCCAACCAAAUCAGUUCAAACUCUGUACUUUGAGAGUUAUGUCCAGGUCUAAAAUGUAUGCUGAGGUCCAUGAUUCGUCUUUACCCUACAGCAAAAUUCUUAUCAACACCAGACAGCAUUGUGGUCGUGCAUUUGAUAUGGAUGAUGUAGUAGUGCAGCUUUCGUCGUCAGACACAGCAGAACCUGUAGAUGGUUGUCCACAAGGCAAGGUUGUAGGCGUACUUAGGAGGAGUAUGGAUAUAAAGAACAGACUGUUUGUGUGUACGGCCUCAGCUGAUAAUACCGGUCUUAUGUGGCCCAUAAAUCAAGGCGUCCCUUGCAUAUACAACCUCUUGACACCAUCAAAUGUGGAAAAUGUAAACUGUAAUUUGGUGUGUGUCUAUCGCUAUUCACAGAGCAAAACUCUGGCUUUUCAUGAGUUGGUGGAAUUGGAUUGCACAAAGCCGUCUGAUAAACUCUUUGUGGUGCAGUACCUGAAAUGGGACACAACAUUUUCCUUACCCAUCGGUGUUGUUGUGGGCUAUAUACCAGCAGGUACAAAGGUGGAUUUAGGUUUGCAGGUUCUCAAUGUAGAGCACAACAUCCCAAGAAGGGUGUUCAAAACAGAAGUUGAAGGAGAGAUCAAUACCAAGUAUCCCCAAACUUACACCAUUCCAGAUCAUGAGAUUCGUAUACGUCAUGAUAUCAGGCAAGAUUGGACUUUCUCAAUCGACUCGCCUGGUGUUGAAAGCAUCAGCAAUGCUCUUAGUGUAGAAGAGUUAGGUGAUGGAAGCUAUUCGAUAGGUGUUCAUGUGGCUGAUGUUGGAUACUAUGUCAAGAAGGACAGUAUAGUAGACAAAGAAGCCAGGUCACGUGGAACUUCUUUCAGUACACCGAAUAGCACAGUCAGUAUGCUCCCUGAGAGACUAGGGUCAGAGUUAUGUAGUCUAAAACCAGGUGAAGAUCGUCUAGCCCUUUCAGUGUACAUGAAUGUUUCUGCUGCUGGAGAGGUAACUAAAAUUCAGACAAAGAAAUCUGUGAUCAACACGAAGUGUAUAUUUACAUACCAGGAAGUACAAGAGACGCUGAAUGAUCCUGGGGCAGGCGCCGAUUACCUGAAGAGUUGUUUGCUUGUCCUCUAUCACAUCUGUAUGAUAUGGAGAAAAGAAAGGCUAGGGAAUGCCAGUAAAUAUCACGACCUUAAAACACGAGAGAAACUGACUCCAGAAGCCCACCUCAUAGCACAGGAAAUUAUGUUGAAGACUGAUCAUCAGGUAGCCAAGCUGCUUGUUGACAAAUUUCCUUCUACUACUCUCCUCAAAUGUCAGAAACGACCAAAACCAGUAGACAGAAAUAGGUGGAUGCAAGAAUAUGCAGCUGAUGCAGUGAAUUCCAUAGCCUUGACAAAGCCAUUCCUGGAUGGUUCUGCAACCUGUAACUGUAAGCUAGCAUGCACCUGCAUUAUGAAUUACAUCCGACAACUGGGAAAGAAGCCACAGGAUCCUUUCGAGAUGUUGAGUAUUCUUUGGGAAUCCUUAUGCCAUGCAGCAGAUGCUGGUGAAAUUGCUUACUCUCAAAGUUAUGUGAUAGAACCAGAAUAUCAUCCUCAGUUGAUGCUUGCUUUAUCUAAACUACAUGAAAUCCAGAAUCCACCUGUCUUUGUCUGUUCAGGAGAUACUACUGAAGCUGACCAGGGAUACAGCUCACUUAAUCUUUCUCCAUAUGUCUCUUUCACCAAGCCUAUCUCUAGGUAUGUUGAUCUGGUUGUAACUCGCUUGAUAACGGCAGUAAUUGAAGAUCAGCCUUCUGUUUACAGUCAGCAAGAAAUCCAGUCCCUUUGUAUACAUCUGACAGCAGUUAAUCGAUGUUCUGAUUCUUAUGAUAAAGCUGUACAUAGUCUCUAUCUGAGCUCUGCUCUUAAAGCCCGUCCACUUGUACUACAUCCAAUCAUAAGGAAUCUUGAUGAAAAUGACAUUCAGUUGUGCUUUCAAACCAUUGGUGAUAUCCCUAACAGCCACAACAGGAUCCAGCUACCUUCAUUGCAAACAUCAGAGAAACCUAGGCUUGAUGAAAAUAGAAGUGUUCAAUUGACCUGGCAAGAUAGGAUUUAUGAUGUAACAUCUAAGAUUACCAGGGAUCUAACUAAUGUGUCCACCGAAGUUCUAAAUCCUAGCCGAUUUAUAUCCAGAAUUCCAGCAUUCCAAUGGCAAAGGUUACUGAGUGCAAUUCGCGAGGAAAACAUGCAGAAGCUACAAAGUGCAGUUACAUCAGUGCGACCUCAUGUUAAGCAGCCUGCUCAGAGUGAAGGAUAUGUGGUAGAUGUGUCUGUAGGUAAUAAGAUAAAUGGCAAGAUAAAACACUACGCAGACUUUACGUUGAAUCUCUCUACCUGUGAUGUCGUACAGGUGCAAAUGUCAGCUCAGUUACGUAACGGCCUCAUCACCCCUUCUGUACAGUUACUGAGCUUAACUCCUAGUCUAGAAGUCUGUCUAGAGCACCGAGAAGAUCCACUCAAAUGUUUUUCCCAAAGCAAUGUUUCUCCAGCAGAUAAUACAGCAUACCCAGAUGUAGCUUCUUACCAACAAUUAUGGCUGCCUGUUCUAGGCUUAGAAUCCGCUCAUAAUGCCGUAACAUCAAGUCAAUCAGUCGUCGUAAAAAAUCUAUGUAUGGAAUGGAAGGAAGAAAAGUUUGCUGGAACUUCAAAGAUUGUAGCCAGUUUUACAGUACCAUUCACUUUCUGCUUGGAACGUCAGUUUAUAGUUACGAACGAUGUCAACCUCGAUGACAUUUUUUCUCCUGGAAAUGCUAAGCUAGCAUCAAGCUAUUUUCAGAACUAUGCAUGCGUGCGAUACAACAACUUGGAGAUAGCAGAUGACCCCAGCUUGAGUGAAAGUGUUGCAUUGUUAGUUAACAAUGGUAUGCCCAUAUGUUGGGUAGGACAUUGUCAGAUUGUGUCAGUCAGUAGAGUCCGUGAUAAUAUUGUGGUUAAUGUUGUCCUGAUGCACAGUAGUUCCACUAUUCCUUCACAGUUAUUCGGCCCCCAGGCCAGCACACUUCUUUGUACUCUGGAAUGGAUUCCAAAGACCAAGCAUGACAGGUUAAUGGAAUAUUCUGUGCAGCUGUUAACAGAAGCAUCCCAACUUGCUCAUGAUAUUGUAUGUGGAAGAGUUGAUGGAUCUACAGGUAAUAGUGAUGCAGAAACUUUGUUACAACUGCUAGUGACAGGCAUACCAAGACUUGCUGAUGACCAGAUCAAUGCUGUAAGAAUGAGUCUCCAACAACGCUUCACUGCUAUACAGGGUCCUGUAGCCUCUGGCAAAUCACUCAUAGCAAGCUACCUAGCUUACUUACUGUCUCGACGUAAUGCCUCUGGAGGCCGCAAACUACUGGUACUGCUGUGUGGGCCAACAGACCAGUCGGUUGACGUUUUAACAGCAAACUUGCAAAAUCUAGGAAAGAUGUGUCCGAAAAUACUGAGAGUGUUUAGUGAAGAAAUUGAGCAGAAGGAAUUUCCCAUACCGGGAUCCACUGUUCCAAGUAAUGAACAGAAACCAUUAGGAGAGGAAUUUCUCUCACCAUCUCCAAAUGACACCUCUCUACAUCAUGUUAUCCGACGAGGUUCCAAUUCAUUCAGCCAGACCAUCAAUGAGUAUGACAUGCUAUUUAAAAUGUAUCCUGAUGACAUCUCACCUGAUCAAGUGGAGGAGUACUGUAAAAUGAAGUCUCAAGCUGAAGCAUCAGAAAUACACAAUGCAGAGAUCAUUCUGUGCACAUGUGAUACUGCAGCCAGUGCUAAGCUAUCUAACAUCGCUGUUGAACAGAUAAUAAUCGACGACUGUGGUAUGUGUACUGAAGUUGAAGCUAUGACUCCUGUGAUUCACCACACUAGCGCUCGGCAGGUUACUAUCCUUGGUGAUGCCAUUCAGCUACCUCAUAAUGUCGGUAGUUCCUCAGCUAAGACCCUGAGCCUUAAGACAUCUUUACUGCAGCGAUACAUUGAAAGGGCAGUGGUGCUCAAAAAAUAUUACCGUAUGCAUGAAGGAAUAGCAUCUUUCCCGUGCGAGCAUUUUUACGAGAAUACUCUUCAGUAUGGGACUGUUGAACAGCGGGUUCCAGGAAAAGUUAACGUCUGGCCUGCUGGACCGAAUCAGCCAUUUGUUUUCUGUCAUGUGUUAGGCAAGGAGGAAGCUGUUGCAUUCAAGACCGACACAGGAUUGGAACGCUCAUAUCUUAACAACAUGGAAGUUAAUAUUGCUGUAACCGCAGCCAGUAAGUUUGUAAAUCGUCAUGGUGUGCCAGAGUCCAAAGUCAUUGUUCUUACUCCGUAUCAAGUACAAUGUGAGACAAUUAAGAAGAUGCUGCUGAAUGCUGGCCAUAAGAAUAUUAAAGUCUCUGAUGUCCUUUCUGCACAUGGUGGCGAAUGGGAUUAUGUGAUCUACAGCACUGUUCGUUCCUUACCUCAGUUUAAGAUUGACAGAUACAGCAGUAGGAAGUGGUGUGAAGAUCACUUAGGCGCCAGCGAUGACCACUGCCAGGUCAAUAUUGCUCUAACUCGUGCCAACAAGGGAAUAGUUCUCAUUGGCAACAAGUUCCUGCUAAGAAGUAGCUACAUGUGGGCUAGUCUGCUGAAGAAGUAUGAAGGAUGUGGGGCAGUUGUGGAUAGCCAGGCUUUGUUGAGGCUGCUUGGUUAAUUUGGAUACCUGGUUGUAUGUGCUUGUACAAUAGUUUAAUGAAAAAACAUUUCAACUAUUCAACACAAUUAGACCUGAAGAAUACAGAGGAUUAUAUAUAUUAAAAGCAGUUCACAGUAGAUUUCCAUUUAUUAAAUCUAUCAGCUUUUUACCUGUUGAAGCUUUGUUGACAUAGAAUUACCUGAAGUUAUGCAUAUUAUUUCCAUAUAUUUUGAAACCUAAAAUAUCACCUGGCUUGGACAGACAAGUUAAUAAAUUCUCUUUGGAGAUAUUUUCUUGUGGUAUUGUAAAUAAUGUUGGUGACACUAAGUUGAUUUUAUAGAAUUUUGUGAUCGAUUUUGUAUAAUUAUCUCCUAAUAUUUGUAUGACAUUAUGUAACCCUACCAUGCACAAAUAUAUUUUUAUUGAUAUUUGAGAGGAGGAAGUGAAGACAGUUGUAAAUGUUGUGUGUGUGUGAUGUAUUUUUCAGAGACUAGCUUUUGAUUAACCAGUAUUUGUGCCUUAUCUUCUGCACUUAGAAUCUGACUGGGAGAAAUAGGCACCGACGACACAACUUGCUUCAGAGACUUAAAUGAUAUACGCAAGUGCUGAAAUAGUGCUACAUUUGAAGGAACAAAAGAAAUAGAUUAUAGUAGAUAACUAUUUUCACAAAUAAAAAGCUAUGCAAUAAUUUCAUGCAUUUCUGCAAGUGUUUAUGCAUGAAUAAACAUAUUUUAAGGUUACAUAGUAAAAUGGAUAUAGAUUUGUUAUGUCAUUAUAUUGAACUCUGCAAUGCAGAUUUUUUGUUUUCAGUAUUAUUUAAGUAGUUUUAGGAUUGAGUCUAUAGUUACAUUUUAGGAUAUUGGUUGUCAUGUAUGAAAGCUUGCUAAUAUAAACUUUUUUUUUAAAAUUUAUCAAUAUUGAAAUUAAAUAUUAAUCAUUCAAUCAAAUACUUGUAAAUACAACGUACAACUAUAUUUUCAAAAUUCGAAAUGAACAGUUAUGCAUCAUUUUAGCUAAGUACCAAGUAGUUAUUAUUUGAAUGUAAAUAGACAUGAUUACAUCAUAUAAGUAAAUGUAGUAUAAUUUCAAAAUUAGAAAGGAAGAGUUGUGUAUCAUUUGAUUGAAGGUAUCAAUUUGUGAUCAAGUUAUUGAUUUUUUUUAUUUCUGUACAUGUCAUGUGAACAGACCCUGAAUCAAUUUUAAACUUCAGUUUUACGUAUUAAAAGAAAAGCAAUGGGAAGAAACUGGAAAAGUGUUGCAGAUGCAGCAAAGAGGAGGCAGAAAUACUUUUAUUUUUUGUUUAUUUUCAUUUAAAUCUAUUUUAUUUGUAUGUCCUGUUAUAUAAAUAAAUUAUUUAGAUAAGUGUAUACUGUUGAAAAAUACAUAUACUAUAAAAUGCCAUGUUUAAGUACAAUUGGUUGAUUAUUUUGAAUUGUUGAUGUGCUUGGUGUAAUGUGUAUGUUAGUAACAAACGAGAAGAAAGAACACAUCAGGUGUUCUUAGAAAUUGAUUGAAAUGUGAAUUCCAUUGGAAAGGGAAUUGUUUCUGAAAUAUCUGUUCCAAGUUUUGUUGAAAUAGUUCUAUGAAUUAUUAUGAAUUUUAUUGGUACUUCUAUUCUUGGAAUAACAAUAUUUCAGAAAUCAAUUAUAUACAAUCACCAAAAGUAUUGAAUUGAUAUUUUUUUGCUGUGUUUCAUAUUUGUUUUUGUGUUUGACAAUGACGAUGAUGAUGAGUCCUAUAUAUGAAGUAUUUAAGGAUGUCUGGCAUAUUUAGUAGUGUUGAAGGACAUUAUACGAUUGUUUUAUGGUGUAAAUUAUAUAACAAAAGUCGUCAGGUGUAUCAAACUGUUACAUGGUGCAGAUUAAGAUUUAUCGUAGUGUUGAUGAUGCUGUUGAAUUGUAUUUUCUAAAUAAUUGAUGUACCAUUUUUAACAUGAUACAUAAUCAAAGUUUGCCUUCAAAACAUUUAUUAGUUUACAGGACAUUAAUACAUUAAAACAUUUAACAAUGGAAUUCCUAGAUCAACAUUAUUAAUUUAAUUAAUGUGACCUGUUUAGGAAAUAUGUUGAGGAGUAUUGAUUAUGUUUCAAAUAAGAUUCCCAAUCAAUUUGUGUAUACAUGUGACUGUAUGGAAUUGACAUCACAUAUAUUUUCCCUAGUUAUACUAACUUUGUACUUAAGUCUUUAUAAUGUCUACAACAAUUGCAGUAAAACUAAUUGUCAUAAUCAAUUAUUGUGUUUGACGAAGUCCCAUUUUCUAAACUCUCAUUCAAUAUCCAUAAUAGAUUCUAUGAAGAUAGAAUUUUUUUUUUUUUUUUUACAAUUUUCUGUCGUUUGCUGGAAAGUCGACCAAGAUUCAUUGCUGUUAUUAACAUUGUUGUAAUAAAUUACAGUUGGUGUUCUACAGUUGGUUGUAUUCAAAUUAAGUACAUUUGAUUCUUAAAUAGGACACAUUCAGAUAAUGAUGUGUUACAGGUUGUAUUAUUAUCAAGAAAUAUCUAAUCGACGAUAAGAAUGGAAUAUACAUUUUAUCAUUUAUUACAGUAGCUGUCUUUAGACUAUGUUAAAGUACACUUGUUCUUGCCAUUUAUAAAAUACAAAAUUUGAAAAUUUUCCUCACUCAAAAUGAAAGACCCAAUAGUUGGUAUUUCCUAGAAGUUUUAUCAUGUUUACAAGUAUCUACUUGAAAUCUUCCUAGAUAUAACCUUAUGUUAUUAGAUUAUUGAUUGACAUUAACGCACAGAAAACAACUGAAUCCUGAUCGAUAUUCCAAUUUAUUAACAAGACCAAAUAAAGGUUUAUUUCUAUAAUUAAAUAUA